GCUCCGAACGUGCAAGACAUGCUGAUUAUGUGUUUCGAUAUUCGUUUUUAUUAGUCUUAUUUACUUGCUUACACUCAGCUAUUAUAGUAUUGCAGAGUAUCUAAAAUGUCUCAACAAGCAGCUUUGCUGUCUGAGACUAAGAAGGAUGUCCGAGCAUUCCUUAUAUCUGACCCAAAAGGAAGGUCUAUUGAUGAAAUCAAAAGAGACUUCAGAGACAUCCUCGGAAAGCCACUUCCAUACAGAAAAUUAGGUUACGUCAAUGAAGAGGAAAUGUUUAGGGAUAUGCCUGAUGUUUGCAGUCUAAUGUGGGAAAGAGGGAUCCUCAUUCUGAAAGGAAUUGCUGAUGAAACUACUCGCCAUAUCCAAAAGCUUGUGCUAAACCAAAAAAGAAAACCACGUUCACGUCGCCCAUUUAGAGCCCAUUUUAGACCUCCUCCCCCUAAGCCUAUGGUUAGUUAUCAGAUGCAACAGAACAUUCGUGAAUUAUUGAUGUCAUACCCGAAUGGUCUACAGCUGUCAUCAUUUGGUGUUGCGUUUCAGAGGAGAUUUAGUAGCAUGCUGGAUUAUUCCAUCUAUGGGUUUAGAUCAGUUUCAGAUUUGUUACACUCUAUUCCUGACAUCAGUUUUGAAGAAAAUACAGGAGGUGCACGAUUAUAUCUUCGACAAAUGCAAACAACAAGAAAUAAAAUCAAUCCAUUGAUGGAUCAAGAAUGGAAUUAUGGGUCAGGUAACAAACAAGAACAGCAACAGCAGUACACGCAAUUCAUCCCACCACGUCUACAAAGACAGAAUGCACAUACAACUGAGAAUAAACAGCCACUUUCGCAGUCUUCCACUAGUCAAAGUAGAAAGAGUCCAAGAUCGUCAGGUCAAGUCAGCUUAGAUUUACAAGAAACAAGUGGCAUAAAUCCUUCUAUUAAACUGAAAAUUUUAAAGGUACUUGAUGGUAAAGAGAAAGGCAUAUGGGCGGCUAGGUUUCCUUUUGAAUACAAGAAACUCUACAAGACUGACCUGCCAUUUAGAGAAUUAGGUUUUCUGAGUGUCAUUGACUUCAUGGGUGCGUUAAGUGACAUUGUUACCAUAGAGAGGCCUGGGCAGGCAGGUGAUUGGAUGAUCUAUGAUAAGCAGGUUUAUAAGGAAGUGACUGCCAACAAAAUGGAAGAAGUCCAAGCCGUGAGACCUUCUCGACCACCCAGUCCUGGUAUAAGUGUCAGGUUAAAAGAGAUGGUGCGACAAGUUUUACAACAAAGACCUCACACUGUAAUCGCAGACUUUCCUGAUGUUUUCAAGGUGUUGACAGGCCAGAACUUGCCAAUGGAAGACCUUGGGUACAGAACACUAGAGAGCAUGUUGUUAGACCUACUGGAUGUGAUUAAGAUGAACUAUACAGAGGGGUCUGGUAGUGUUACACUGACUGCCCUACCAAUAGAAGGUGACCCAAGGAGUGAUCUACUCAAAUUGCCAUCUAAUGGAGCCUUACAAGCUGAAGCAUCACAGGCUGAUAUACCCAAGAGACAUCUUCCUGCUGAUGCUGUAGGUCCCAAUGUUCACUACUCACCCCUACCUCUCCCUAAAGCAAGUGCCGAUAGAUACAUAGAGGUCUUAGUCUCCAACAUUUCCAGCCCUGGGCAUUUCUGGUUCCAGCUGAAGGGAAAGAACACCACUGAGGCCCUUGAGACUGUCAUGGACAAACUUGAAGAUUUCUAUUACUCUCUUAACUCUGAGGGUUAUGAACUGCCCGAGUCCAUGAUAACUGUGGGUCAGGUGUGUGCUACAGUUUUUCCUGAAGAUGAUAAUUGGCAUAGGGUACAAAUAACUGGAAAAGGAGGCUUAGAUUUUGUUGAGGUGUAUUUUGUGGACUAUGGAAAUACAUGUAGUGUGCACAAAUCCAAUCUAAGAUUGCUUAGACGAAGUCUGCUCCAAUUACCUGCUCAAGCUGUACUUGCAAGACUAUCCAAUAUACAGCCUAUUAAAGGGACAUUGUGGGAGGUAACAGCUCGGAACAGGAUGCUCUCAAUGGUUGCAAACAAACCUCUUGUCGCCCUGGCAACUGGGAUAAAGAAUAAUGUUGUCUCACUGUGCUUAGUGGACACAUCAACAAAUGAUGACAUCCACAUCAAUGAUGUCCUGGUUCAAGAGGGUCAUGCUCGAUUUGUGCCUGAUGACAUUCCACCUGAUCAGUUGGAGCAUAUGAUGCAACCAAGACUGAAUGAAGACCUUGAUCUACCUUUGGGUGCUGAGGCAUCUUCACAAAGCGCAACACUGGAAGCUCAUAGCAUGACUGAAGACAACCUUGAAGCACACAACAGAUCAACUGAGGAGGCAACCAUGGGACAGGCCCAAUCAACAGGCAGUCUUGUCCCGAGAUAUGUUAAAGAGGUGCAACUGACAGAGGAAGAUGAUAUUGCUCAUAUUGUCAAUUAUGGAGGCAAACCAUACCUGCUUGAAGGGGAGAUUACAGCCUAUUUGUGGGAGUCAGACUCUCUUAGAUCUCUGCUGAGGAAAAAGAAACUUGAGGUUCCCAAUACUGUCGUGUUUAGAAACAGCAAUCCAGAACUGUUCCAAGAACUAAUGCAUUAUGAGGUUCCAGGUCUGGUUGAAGGAGAUAGUGUCAGGUCACAUGUCACUCUCUACCCGAUGGAAGUUAUUCCUACAAUCCUAGAAGCAUUUAAUCACCCUUCAAUGACUCUGAGGCAAGCUAUAUUGCAGAAUGUCAAUGAUUUUGACCCAGAAGAGCCUUACUGGAAGGGUGAGGAGGUCUUUGACACCACAAGUGAGGAGGCAGACUUUGAACUGGACCUUGAGGGCCUACAUCUUACACUCAGAUCCCUACAGUUCAAACGGGAGCGUAUCAUCCGUGAGAUGAUGAGUGGUAAUUCUAAGACAGACGUGAAUGAACUGAAUCAUGUAGAGCAUGAAAUGACAAGCAUCAGGAAGAGAAUCAAAGCACAUGAAGAAAAUGAUCACCCAAAUAACCAGAAGCACAAACCCACUGAGCAGGAAGAACUGAUCCAGCGUGUCAUGGAGACACAAAUUUCUAGUCCACCACGUCCUACUAAGACAGCUGCAGUGACCCCUAGUGUUCAAUACUCAGAUGAGGCCGACUCUAUCCCUGCAUCUCCUCAUAGCUCAAUUAAGACCAAUAUAGUAGCCCCAAUGCAAGCCUCCACUGUUCAGGAUACCAAAGAAGCUCAAGAUCCUGUGGGUCAGGAUUCUGGCCUUGGGGCUCAGGCUAGUACAGGGGGACUCCCAGGGUUGAAUCUCCUUACUGGAGGUGUAGCAUCAAAUGCUGCACAACAGCAACUAUUGUUACAACAAAUGCUUUUAAAUCAACAACUGCUGAAUCAACAGAACCAAACAUUGCUACAGGGUAGCACAGCGGCAGGACUAACUGGUCAACUGACACCAUCAGUGAUCCAAGCUGCUACUAACCCUGGACUCCUGAAUGCCCAACUGCUACAGAACCAACAGUUAUUGGGCCAGGCAGCUGGUCAGCAACCACUGCUGUCAGCCCAAGCACUGGUUCCCACCAUGACUCAGGAUCAAAUGAUUAAGCAAAAUCAGAUGCUACUGAACUGUCUUCUAACUCAGAAUAUGGGUGGGAUUGGUCUUGGACGUGGUCAGCCAUUGGGUGGGGCUGGAGUUCUCCCUGGGGUGGGAAACAGACCCCCAGGACUUCCUAGACCACAACUAGUUGGCCAGGGCAGAGGAGUUGCUACUAUACCCAGAUUGAACAAACCUAGUGAUCCUAGAUAACAUACUGAGAAAACACCUAUUGCUUAUAACUUAACUAUUGGUAUACAUUUACUGUGAAUGCACAAUGUUUCAAGUAGUCCACAAUGAAGGGUAAAGUUGUAAUAGAGAGUUUUUCAUAAGGAAACUCUUAACUUACAUCAUAGAACUUGUUUCUUUGCUCAGAUUGUUGUAACAAGUUGCUAUCUGUAGACCAAUCAGACAUCUAGAAAACAGUCAGGUUACAUUAUGUAAAAGAGGCAUUACACGUGGCUUUAGCCUGUUGGGGCUCAUGCAAGCUCCAUUGAUUUUAACCUACCUUUUAUGGCAUGAUCUUGGUCAAAAUGGGCAUUUUUGGGUAAAAUAAGCAAAAUUUUGAUCCAUUUCAAACUCACCUGUAAAAUUAAUAAAGUCCCCCUUAAAUUAGAGCUCCUCUAACAAGAGCCCUUCCUGGUGAAAGUUAAAUAUGAUCUGUUACACAAUCAUACAAGCAAUCAUUUCAAAUUCUCACUACUGUGUAAAAUUGCCAAAUAAAUAAUGGAAAUAAUGCCAAUGAAGGUGCUAUCUUAAAUUGCAGUAUAUUGACAUUGCUUGAGUUAAGACAGUGUAUUUGACGGGCUAUUUGACAACUUUCUAUUAUUACUAGAUACAUACAGGACUUUUAUGAAAAAAUGUUUUUAUGUCCUAAUAAUCUUCUGUCAAAAAUUUUGUUAGAAAGUUAAUUUAGUUAGAUUUUAGUAUUAAAGUGAAUAGUGUAGACUAUAAAAUAAUCUAGUCAAAUAUAUAAUUAUUUUAAGACUAGUAUUAAACAGACAUUUAGUUCUCACAUUUUUAGGCUCAGGUAAAUAAAUCAUCAGCAUUAUCAUCUCGAACACCCACUUUACAUAACAUAAAAUACAUAGUACUUAUAAUACAUACUAUCAUAUCAUAUUCAUGGACGUCAUUAUGUGAUUCAAAAAUAGAAUUUGUAGUCUUGCUUCGAGUCUCUUCUCCUCUCCCUCAUCUACUUCACCAAUCGUUGAGAGUUGUGUAGUGGUGGGAGGUGACAGGGGCUUGUAGCUAGACUAAUCUAAUAGAACAAAAAUAUGGGAUAUUGCUAUACAUGAUAUUACCCUAGCCUGAGCCCGAGUGGCUUUUUGUAAAUUAUAGUAUAGUUAGUUUAGUUAAAUGUCUCUAGACAUUUCUUAUUAGUAUUAGAAUCAGUUCUCUGUAGAAGUUCAUAAUGUAGA